GUGCGCCGGCACACGACCAGAAGGAUGGCUUCGAACACUACGGAAGAAGCUCAGCAAUGGAGCGCUCCGGUGGUGAGAGAUACGUUUCUCAAGUUCUUUGAGGAGCGUGGACACACAUUUGUGAGAUCGUCGCCUGUUGUACCUCUGUCCGAUCCUACGCUGCUUUUCACCAAUGCUGGUAUGAACCAGUUCAAACCGAUAUUCCUUGGUACCGUCGAUCCUACGAGCAAGGAAGGCCAGUACAAACGAGCGGUCAAUUCGCAAAAAUGCAUACGUGCGGGCGGAAAACACAAUGAUCUCGACGAUGUCGGCAAGGACAGCUAUCACCAUACUUUCUUUGAGAUGUUGGGGAACUGGUCGUUCGGAGACUAUUUCAAGAAGGAGGCUAUCACAUACUCGUGGGAUCUUCUAACGAAAGUGUUCGGACUGGACCCGGACAGGCUGUAUGUCACCUACUUUGAAGGUAACGAGGCUGGAGGACUGGAACCCGACCUCGAAGCCAAAGAGCUAUGGAAGAGUGUUGGUGUCGCCGACGACCAUAUUUUGCCUGGCGAUAUGAAGGACAACUUCUGGGAGAUGGGUGAUCAAGGUCCAUGCGGUCCCUGUUCCGAAGUCCACUACGAUCGAAUUGGUGGGGGAAGAAACGCUGCCCACCUUGUCAACCAGGAUGAUCCCAAUGUACUGGAGAUCUGGAACAACGUGUUCAUCCAGUACAACCGUGAACCCGACAAGAGCCUACGGCCGUUGCCGAAUAAGCAUGUCGAUACUGGUAUGGGCUUCGAGCGGUUGGUCAGCGUGCUGCAGGAUAAGAUGUCCAACUAUGACACCGAUGUGUUCACGCCAAUAUUCGAGCGAAUUCAAGAGGUUACCGGAGCCAGACCGUACUCGGGCAAAUUUGGCGAGGAGGACGUGGACGGUGUCGACACCGCAUAUCGAGUCGUUGCGGACCACGUACGAACGUUGACCUUCGCCAUCAGUGACGGCGGCAUCCCUAACAACGAAGGAAGAGGGUACGUCGUCCGAAGAGUGCUGCGCCGUGGUGCUCGAUAUGCUAGGAAAUACUUCAAUGUUGACAUUGGAGACUUUUUCUCCAAGAUCGUGCCAACAUUAGUGGAACAAAUGGGUGGUAUGUUCAAAGAAAUCGUUGGCAAGGAGGAUGAGGUCAAGGAGAUCCUCAACGAGGAAGAACUCUCGUUCGCCAAAACCCUGGACAGAGGAGAGCGUCAAUUUGAGGUCUAUGCACAAAAGAGCCAAGCUCAAGGCUUGAAGAGUCUACAUGGUGCUGAUGUAUGGAGAUUGUACGACACAUUCGGCUUCCCAGUGGAUCUAACGAGGCUGAUGGCUGAGGAGAGAGGUCUUUCCAUCGACGACAACGAAUUCGAGGCCGCAAGAUUACGUGCCAAAGAAGCUAGCAAGGGCGAGAAGAAGGCCGCCAGUGACUUGCUUAAAUUGGACGUACACGAUCUCGGCGAACUCGAGAAGAUGCCGGGCGUCACAAAGACGGACGACAGUGCGAAGUACGGUCGGGACAACAUCACCGGCACUAUCCAGGCUAUCUAUCAUGCGAAGAAGUUCCACCCUGAUACAAAGAGCAUUCCGGAAGGCGACCAGAUUGGCAUCAUUCUUGACAAAACAUGCUUCUACGCAGAGCAAGGUGGUCAAGAAUAUGACACCGGUCGAAUUGUUAUCGACGGACAAGCGGAGCUUGAGGUAGAGAAUGUACAGCUCUAUGCUGGCUAUGUCUUACAUACUGGCUACAUGAAGUAUGGCCAUUUCUCGGUGGCAGACAAGGCAAUCUGUGAGUAUGACGAGCUCCGAAGAUGGCCUAUUCGGAACAAUCAUACCGGUACACAUAUUCUCAACUUUGCUCUGCGGGAAGUCUUGGGCGAUGGUAUUGAUCAGAGAGGCUCUCUGGUCGCGCAGGAGAAGCUUCGAUUCGAUUUCAGUCACAAAGCGGCGGUGUCAGAUGCUGAUUUGCAGAAGGUCGAAGACAUUUCGACAGAGUAUAUCCGGCAAAAUUGUCCGGUAUAUGCCAAAGAAGUGCCCUUAACCAUCGCGCACGAGAUCGCCGGGCUCAGAGCUGUCUUUGGCGAAACAUAUCCGGAUCCUGUGCGGGUUGUCUCUGUUGGGGUCGAAGUCGAUGAUAUCCUGAAAAAUGUCAAGGAUGAUCGAUGGAAGACGGUCAGUAUCGAGUUCUGCGGUGGUACGCACGUGAAAGCCACUGCCGAUAUCAAGGACUUAGUUGUGCUUGAAGAAAGUGGUAUUGCGAAGGGCAUUCGAAGAAUAAUCGCUGUCACUGGCGAGGGUGCAUAUCAGGUACAACAAGUGGCUGAGGAAUUCUCUGAGAAGCUCAAGAAGUUGGAAGGCAUGCCUUUCAGUGCGUCCAAGGAGUCAGAAGCCAAGACGAUACAGGCUGAGCUCAACAACUUGUCGAUAUCGGCUGUGAAGAAGUCCCAGUUCAGAGAGCGGAUGGCCAAGAUUAGCAAAGAGGUUCUGGAUCAGCAGAAGAAAUUGCAGAAGGAGGAACUCAAGAAGGCUACCGAUACGAUAACCCAGUAUUUCGAGAAGAACAAAGACAGCAAAGCGGCGGUUCUGAGGUUACCGAUUGGUGGCAAUGCCAAGAUUGUGCCGGACGUUGUCAAGCAUGUCCAGACAAAACUCAAGGACAAGAGUGUUUAUGUUGUCGUUGCGGAUGAGAAGGAUCCUGAGGGUAAGGUGUUCCAUGGAUGUUUUGUGAGUCCGGAUGGCACGAAAGCUGGCAUCACAUCGGCCGACUGGUCGUCCCAGGUGUCGCAGCUUGUAGGUGGUAAGGCUGGUGGAAAAGCGCCUGUUGCCAUUGGUACAGGCACGGAUCAGUCGAAGGUCGAUGAUGCGCUGAAUGCCGCGACGGAGUACCUUGAGAAGUUUAAGCUGUGAGCAUAGUUCGGCUCGAAUGGCCUUUUCGAAUUGCAUUCCCAGGUUACAGCCCAGGAACCGUUGUUGUUCGACGGCGUUGUAUGGGCGGUGGACAUCAAAACCAAUGGCCGAGCUGCAAUGCUGAACCACGAUCGAGCAAGCUGGCGGCGCCUGAUCAAUUGAUUUCGCGCUG